UGAUUUUGCAUAUUUUCGCAGGUUGUAUAAAUCUAGUUUGAUACAUUUUAACAUAGUAGAUGAAGUAAAAUGAAAUGGCAUCCAGACACAGCAUAGAACGUCCAACCUGGAGACCAAAGUCCAAAUUGUCACCAGAAGUCCAGUUUCAUAUACGUGGAGUACAAUUCACAUUGGAUGUGGAACUGGCGGCCACCAAAUCAGCUAAACUAGCAAAGUUGUUGAAAGAAUACCCUCAAAAUGAUCUUUCUCAUUUAUUGCGCGACAUUCCUGCUGAUCCAGAAUCAUUUGAGCUUGUUGGGAGAUUCUGCCAUGGUUAUGAUAUCAAAUUGUCGAACGAAAAUGUUGUCCAAGUGGCAUGCAUUGCUCAUUACCUCGGAAUGACCGAAAACCACUGUCCUAACAAUCUACUAAACAAGGCCCUCUACUUCUUUGAACACCAAAUUCUUCCUAAUUGGAACAAUUCCAUCAAAGCUCUAAACAGUGCAGAAAUUGUUCUUGAACAUGCAGUAAAACUUGGCCUAGUUGAUGCGUGUAUAGAAUCUAUCGUUGUAAAGGUGCAGGAAGAUCCACGUUUACUUGGAGAGCCGAUCAAGAACUUGUCUUCGGAUGAUGAUGAUAGUGAUGAAAGGGACAAUGUUUACAGACCAAACACUCGGAGGAGACUUUUUGAUCUUGAGUGGAAACCUGAGGAUUUAAAAGCACUCUCGUUGAGGUUUUAUGAACCUGCAAUUCAUGAAAUGAUUCAGCGUAAAGUCCCACAAGAAUAUGUUGCUUCAUCUCUUUGUCAGUAUGCGAAGAAAUGGGUGUUCGAAAAAGAAGAGGAUGGUGAGAAAGAGAUAGUUGAAUCUUUGGAGAGAUUGCUUCCUCAUCAGAAAGGGAUAUUUCCUUGCAAAUUUCUGUUUGAAAUGCUAAAAUCUGCAGUAUCACUUCAUGCUAGCAUUCACUGCAAAAAUGGAUUGGAGAUCAGAAUUGGAAAGCAAUUAGAUCAGGCAAAUGUGAAAGACCUAUUCAUACCUUCCCCAGGAUACACAGGGGAUGAACAGUACGAUAUAGAGAGCAUAAGAAGAAUUUUGAAGAAUUUCUACAGCAAUUAUACAGGUCCAGAUGCUUCUGGAUUCAUCAAAGUGGCUGAAUUAGUUGAUAAUUUCUUGGCAGAAGUUGCUAGUGACAGAGAUUUGAAGAUGAGCACAUUUUUAUCACUUGCUGAUAUGUCGAUAGCAGUAUCAGAAGGGACAGAUCGAAGUUCGGAUGGAGUAUACAGAGCUAUAGAUAUAUAUCUAGACAAGCAUAGGCAUCUUACAGAAUCAGAAAGAGAGAAAUUAUGCAGGGUUUUGGAUUGCAACAAAAUGUCAGUUGAAGCUCGUGAACAUGCUGCGCAGAAUGAAAGGUUGCCAUUGCGCGUAGUGGUGCAGAUUUUGUUCAUAGGGCAGUUGCAGCUUCGGGAAACCAUCACAAAUGAAGUGCAAGGUUCUGAUGACAGGCUCUUGAAGAGCGAGGAAGACGAAGAAGAAACAAGGGCUGAAAUGGAAAAGAUGGAAAGUAAGGUUUUGGAGCUAGAGAGGGAUUGCCAACUAAUGAGAGAGAUUCAGAGAGGCAGCUGCGCAAAUGUGAAAAGGCAGAAACCAAGCUUGUGGAGAGAAAUGAAGAGAAAGUUGGGGUGCAUGACAACUAUGCAUGAUCAUAAUUGCCAUGUCAAGAAGAAGAAGGUGCAUCCAAGAUAGAUGAGUUAUCGGUUUUUUGUUUUUUAACCACCACCACCAUAACCCGUAGUACUGAUUUCAAUAAUGUCUGGGACGACGUUUUAAACUCUCAACUGUGCUCACUUAU